AUGUCAUCGUUUUUCUUCUAUCUUGCAAUAUUUCUUCUAAAAUUUAUUUAUGAACAUCAAGUUUAUACAGUUCCAACAUGUAUCAUUAUUGAUACAGACAUGAUUCAACGGCCUCAAGAUGAAACAUUAUUAACAAAUAAUCGUUCAGCAUCAUCAUCAUUACUUCUUCGAAAUUUACGUAUGCUUGAUCAUCAACGUUCAUUGGCUUUACCAGAACUUAUUGUAGAAUCAAUACCAUUAUCUUAUAUUGAUUUAAAACAAUCUUCAUCCUCAUCAUUAAUCAAUAUAGAUCAUUCAUCAUUAAAAAAAACUUUAACAGAUUCAAUUAAUGAUCAAACAUUUUCUCCAUGUCCUUUAAAAUUACUUGAUCAACUUGAAACUCAAAUGGUUGUUCCAUUUGAAUUUCGUCGUUUACGUAUUGAACAACCUGAUCACCAUACAAAAUUUUUAGAUGAUGAUCCACGUGAAACUGUACCUGAUUUAUCAACAGCUGUUUAUGAAAGACGUUCAGAUCCUGAUGGACUUCGAUUUUGUCGUACUUGUCGUGAUAGUCUUUGGACUCAAUUGACAGUAUGUGAAACAGUUCGAUGUGAUGCAGAAUUAUUACGAGCUAAUCCACGUUUAGUUAGUGAAUGGGGUGAAAUAAAACCAGUCGAUGGUGGUGCACUUUAUGCUCCAUCAAGUGUUUUUGCUAUAUAUGCUUUUGCUUUUGGACCACAUUGUAAGAAAUGUGAAUCCAAUGGACAAUGGAGUCGUUAUGCUUUACCAGAACUUUGUUCAGGAAUUAAAUUUUUUGGUCAUUCAUCAAUAACAACAACAAAAACAACAACAACAACAACAGCAACAACAAUAAAAACAACAAAAGCAGCAUUUAUCAGCAAUAUUAUUUCGAAGAUGAAACCCAAUGCAACAAUAUUAUCAAAUAAACUAAUAAACAAAAAACAAUAA